GUUUUGUUCUAAAUUUCUCCCAACAAAUAUUUGCUGUUAUAGGAUCCUUCAAGCGCACCAUCAAUGGCGUCUUCUUCCAUUUCAUCCGUUCACAAGAUCUUUAAGUAUGACGUAUUUCUGAGUUUCAGAGGAGAAGACACUCGUGCGAAUUUCAUUGACCAUCUUUAUUAUGCUCUUCAGCAUAAAGGCAUUCACACUUACAAGGACGACGAGAGGAUCAAGAAAGGGAAAAAGAUCAGUGAUGAACUCAUCGAAUCCAUCGAAGACUCAAAAUUCUAUAUAAUUGUUUUCUCCAAGAACUAUGCCUCUUCCUCUUGGUGCUUGGAUGAGCUUGUGAAGAUAAUGGAGUGUCACAAGACGACCGAACAUAUGGCUUACCCUGUCUUCUAUGAUGUCGAACCCACAGAGGUCCGCAACCAAAAUGGGGCAGUUGGAAAAGCCUUUGCCAAACAUGAAACUGAAGAGGGUGCUGAGAAGUGGAUAGAGGCUCUGGAAGACGCAUCAGGUUUGGCUGGUUGGGAAUUGAAGAAUACUGUUGAUGGGCAUGAAGCUAAAUUCAUCCAAAAAAUUGUUGAAGAGGUUUCCCUAGAAUUACGUUCCAUCAAUUUCAGCAUUAAUGAAAAAUUAAUAGGCAUGGAGACCCGGAUUAAGGAUGUUCUUUCAUCAUUAGGAACUGGUCUUGAUGAUGUUCACAUGAUCGGGAUUAAGGGGAUUGGAGGUGGUGGAAAGACAACAUUGGCCCGAGCUGUCUUUGAUCAAAUAUCCUUUCAGUUUGAAGGUAAAAGUUUUGUUGAGAAUGUCAGGGAAGUUUCAAAUGCUUCUUUGUCUGGUUUGAAGUCGUUGCAAAAUCAAGUCCUUUCAGAUGUCUUAAAUGAUCAAGGAGUAAGCGUAACUAAUGUUUAUGAUGGGAAAAACAUGAUGAAGAGGAUGCUGCGUGGUAGAAAGGUUCUUGUUGUUCUAGAUGAUGUGGAUCACAUACAACAACUUGAGGCUUUAGCCGGUGAGGCUAAUUGGUUUACGCCGGGUAGUAUAAUUAUCAUUACAACAAGAGAUGAACAAGUACUCAUAGCACACGGAGUGAAGUUGAUCCAUAAUAUCAAUCUGUUAUCGGGUAAGGAAGCUAUUUGGCUCUUAAGUACGUAUGCAUUUGGUAGAGAAAUUCCACUUCAAGGGUACGAAGUGCUAUCACGACAACUCGUAAGUUAUGCUUCUGGUCUUCCCUUAACCAUAAGAAUUUUGGGUUCAUUUCUUUGUGGUAAAAGUGAGCUUGAAUGGAAAGAUGCACUAGAAAGACUUAAAGCAAUUCCAUUAACGGAAACUCUGAAAAAAUUGGAAUUAAGCUUUGUAGAUCUAGAGGAUGAUUACAAGGAAAUAUUUCUAGACGUUGCCUGCAUACUAAAAGGUUGGUUGAAAGACAAAGCAAUUGAAGCUCUUGAAAGUUGUGGAUUUUAUGCUAGACAUGGAUUACGAGUUCUUGAGCAAAAAUCUCUCAUAACUAUUGAUGAUGAUGAGUGUUUGGGCAUGCAUGAUCAUAUUGCAGAAAUGGGAAGGAAUAUUGUUCGUCGUUCGCAUGCCAAUAAGCCUAACAAACAUACCCGAUUGUGGCUUAACAAGGAAAUUGAAGAUAUACUCGCUAACGAUUUGGGCACUGAAGCAACAACAUGCAUACAAUUCUACACUUGGAAAGUCAAUCCUGAAAUUGUUGUUAAAGGUCUAAGAAAAAUGAAGGAACUUAGGUUUCUUCACAUGUCUCUGGGAUUUAUUGAUUCAAGCAAAAUUAAAUUAUUGACACAAGUCAACCCAUACUUUCCCAAUGCUUUACAAUAUGUGCACUGGUAUUGUUACCCUUUUAGUUCUUUACCCAAAACAUUUCAAGCAAAUAACCUUGUUAAACUAGAGAUGGAUGACAGCAGGAUUGUACGACUUUGGGAAGGGGGAGAAAGAAAGGUUCUUAACAAGCUCAGAUUCCUUAAUCUUAGUGGCUCAACAUUGGUGACCCUUGACCUUGGGCUUACUCCGAAUCUGGAGACACUGACUCUUAGAGAAUGCCGUGAUUUAGUAGAACUUCACAUGCUUGAUGGAUGUUUAAAGCUCAUAUCCGUUGAUGUGAGUUGGUCAAAGUUGAGGAUCCUUGCUCUUGGAUCAGCUCCGAAUCUCGAGCUGUUAAAUCUUAGUGAAUGUCGUGAACUGGUACAGCUUCACAUGGCAGAUGGAUGUCCAAAGCUUAGAGACCUCAACUGCACUAACUCAAAGUUGAGGACCCUUGACCUCCGGUUGUCUCCAAAUCUUAAUACGUUGGAUCUUGGGGAAUGUGACAAUUUGGCAGAACUUCACUUGCCGGAUAGAUGUCUGAAUCUUAGAUCCCUCACACUCAGUAAUACAAAGUUAAGGACCCUUGGCAUUGGGAAGACACAUAAUCUUGAGUAUUUAGAUCUUCUGAAUUGUUAUCAUUUGGAAGAACUUCACAUGGUGAAUGAAUGUCAAAAGCUCGUAUCCCUCGACAUUAGUUAUUCAAAGUUGAGGACCCUUGACCUUAGGCUGACUCAGAAUCUGAAAAAGUUAGAUCUUAAUCAUUGUCGGGUGUUUGAGAAGUUACCCGAGGAUCUUGGCAGAUCAAAAUGUUUAGAGAAACUAGAUUUGUCAUAUACACAAAUUAAACAUCUUCCGGAUAGCUUUUGUAUGUUGAAACAUCUGAACACACUUAACCUUAAUCAUUGCUUGUUGCUUAAGAAGUUACCGGAGGACAUGGGCCUGUUAGGAGGUUUAAAAAAGCUAAAUUUGUCAGAAACAAUGAUUAAACAUCUUCCAGAUAGCAUUUGUAUGCUAACACACCUGGAAUCUCUAGGGCUUUAUCAUUGUUCUUUACUUGAGAAGUUACCUGACGAUUUUGGCCAAUUGCAAUGUUUAGAGAAGCUAGAUCUGACAUCAACAUAUAUUGAACAUCUUCCAGACAGCAGUUAUAUGUUGAAAAAUCUGAAAUCACUCAAACUUAUAUCUUGUGAGCGGCUGGAGAAGUUACCAGAGGAUCUUGGUCAGAUAGAAUGUUUGGAGGAACUAGAUUUAUCAUAUACAAAUAUUACACUUCUUCCGGAUAGUAUUUGUAUGUUGAAACAUUUGAAGUCUCUCAAACUUAUAUCAUGUAAGUGUCUGAGGAAGUUACCUGAGGAUCUUGGCCGAUUAGAAUGUGUAGAGGAACUAGAUUUAUCAUCUACAAGGAUUAAACAUCUUCCGGACAGCAUUUGUAUGUUGAAACAAAUGAAAUCACUUGAACUUUGGUAUUGUGAGUGUCUCGAGAAAUUACCUGAGGAUCUUGGCCUAUUGGAAUGCUUAGAGAAGUUAACUCUGUCAUCUACAAAGAUUAAACAUCUUCCGGAUAGCAUUUGUAUGUUGAAACAAAUAAAAGUUCUCACACUUAUAUCUUGUUGGCAUCUUAAGCAAUUACCUGAGGAUCUUGGCCAAUUAGAAUGUUUAGAGGAGCUAAUCCUAGAGAACUGUAAUCUUUUACGAGAUAUCCCCAACAGCAUUUGUAAUUUGAAAUCGCUAAGAGUGUUAAAUAUAGAAGUGAAUAACACAAUUGCCCAGAAAAGCCAAUUCACAAAUAAUUAUUAUAGCAGACUCCAGUGACGUCAUCAAGAACCAGAACCUUAUUUUUCUUGAGCAAUAUGGGGCCAGAUCGACUGUGUUUGGUAAAUAUAGCAGAUUUGUGGACAAUAUUAGUGAAAAAUUUAGGCAAAACACAGAGCACCAUUGAGCAUCUUUAGGAAUAGGAUCUAACUAUCUAUAUACCCUCUUUUUGGAUAUUUAUUUUUAUUGUUGUCCUAAAAGGACAUUACUAUUGAACUUUUAUUUGGGUG